AUGAAUCAUUCAGUUGCUAACAUUUCUGUCCUAUGCGAUGAGCUGUUGCUGAACAUUUUCAGCAAGCUUAAUAAUAUUGAUGUAUUAUAUUCUUUGAUCGGCGUCAAUCAACGAUUCGAUAAAUUAGCUCGAGAUGUUACCUUCACGCAAUCUAUUGAUUUAACAAUAAUAUCCUCAAAUAAAGAUGAAAACUCAAGGACUAAUUCAAUACUUGAUCGAUUUUAUUUGGAUAUAAUACCAAGAAUUCAACACAAUAUUGAAUGUUUCACUCUUGAUUCGUUAUCAAUGGAACGUGUUCUUCGCAUUGGCAAUUAUUCUAAAUUUCAUAAACUUAAUCUCGUAAACCUUGAAAUUGAAAUGGCAUUUCAUAUUUUCAAUGAUGAAUCAUCAUUUCUUCACAUCUUCGAAGAUCAAAUCUCACAUCUUGCGAUAACGAUUAGUGAUGACAGUACAGCAGAACACAUAAGAAGUUUAGCCACGAAAAUUUUUGUUACCGUAUUUGUUACGUUUAAAAAUCUGAUUCAUCUCGAUUUUGAAUUAGACGACGAUUUUGUGUAUCCACCAUUAUCACUUAUUGAUUUACCAUCUGCAGCAUGUUAUUCGUCUAAUAUUGUUGAAUUGAAUGUUAGAGUGCGCAAUUUUGACGAUUGUCUUUGUUUACUUGAUGGACGUCUUAGUCAAUUAAAUACAUUCAUUGUCAAAAUUGACACAAUUCAGAAUUCAUCGAAGACUUUGGACAAUAAGAAAAUUCUAUACAAUCUAAAAUGCUUCUCGUUGAUUUCAACUACUCGAACUAAUGCAUAUGAUACUCGAAUCGUACCACUUCUUCAUCGUAUGUCACAGUUGGAGAAACUUACCUUAUCUCUUGUCGUUAAAGAUCGAAAUUCAUUCAUCGACGGUACACAGUUACAUAACGAUAUACUUUAUAAAAUGGCACACUUGCAUACAUUUAUCUUUGACAUCACCACUAGAAACGUCAUUUUUUCCCAAGUACUCAUACCAUCUUCGGAUGAUGUUCGGCGUACAUUCAUUGAAAGAGGAUACCAUAUUGAUUGUUAUAUUGAUUAUUAUUCAGAAGGAGUAAAUCUAUGUCAUGUUUAUUCACUUCCGUUUACUAUGAAACGCAUGUCCAAUGUAACUAACAGUUUUCCCGGUGGUCUAUUCAUGAAUGUUCGUAAACUAAGUCUAUCUGAUUUAUUUAUUCCAUUUGAACAUGAUUUUUUUGUUAAAAUAUCUCAAGCUUUUCCAUUAGUUAGUCAAUUGGCAUUAUUAAAUAUGUGGAAACAACAAAAGAAAUUAACAGAUGAACAAACAUGUGCAAUUAUUGAAUAUUCACACCUUGUAGAGCUCACUCUUAUUAGUGCACACAUCGACUAUGUCAAACAAUUUCUAUUUAAUUCAAAGACACAUUUACCUUGUCUUAAUACUUUAGAUGUUAAGUAUCAAGAUUUGAUCACUGUAACAGAAAAUUUUACAACUGAUGCUGCUCGCGGUAACUGUGCAAAAUUGAAAAAUAUUAUUUUCGAUGCAACACCAUUCGUAUAUUCAGAAAACUUCUAUCUUUAUUUUCCAUCAUUGUAA